AGAUGCUUCAGCGAGCACAAGUAAAAAAAUACAAUCACUUUUGAAUACAGGCACCUGCCCCCUUACCACACAACCGCUUCUGUCCACAUCUUUUUCUGUGGCGCCGUGCCGUGUUCGCUCUACUCCUGUGUUUGAGUUGAGAACUCUAUUUAACCUUCAGAAACAGUACAAAUUAUUCCUUAGUAAAGAGCACACCUCCACUAAAAAAGGCAACACCUCUUUAAUAUCAUGAGCGUUCCAGCCACGAAGCGUGUGCGUGGAGAGCAAACACGCAGCAACGCCGACGCUGCCACGCACUCCAAAUCCGCUGACGCGUCCGAGGAGAAAGGCGCCGGGACGCUUCAGAAUGACCGCGUCCUCGUGCUGAACAUUGGUGGCACCAACAUCACCACCCUGGAGUCGACGCUGUGCUCCUCGCCGUCGCUGUUGGCGGAGUGGGCCAAAAAUGACUUCCGUCAGUUUCCGCGCGACUUGCAGGGCCACCCCUUCAUCGACCGCGACCCGUACAUCUUCGCCCACAUCGUGAACUACCUGCGGGGCUACGGUCUGCCCAGCAAGACGGACGACCUCGUCGUGGUCGCCGAGGACGCGGAGCUGUACCAACUAGAGGCGCUGAAACGAGAAAUUGGACUAAACCCACCGUCCAUGUGGCGCUUCACCCCCGGCCCCGGCGUGCGGGAGGACGGCGUGGAGUUUUCCACCUCCGAUAUUCUCGACAUCUGCGGCACGGAGCCGCUCUCCACGAGUCUCGUGCACACCAUCACUUUCCGCAUGGACAAGUGCGAGCUCAUCUCGGUGGGCAUGGUCGCUUUCAAGGACGUCCAGCUGGACAUGCAGAUUCGCAGACAGAAGAACUCCGUGUGCUACUGCAACACGGGAGAGUUCGUGCGCUACUGGUCCACCGAUGCGCUGUACGAUCAGGGUGUGCUGUACAAGAGCCAGGACGAGAUUACGGUGCGGGUCGAGUUUGCGCAACCGGGGGUGCCGCUGGAGCCGUCGGCCGGCACGCAGCUCGAGAGAGCGCUGCCCCCGCCGUUGCAGCCGGCGCUGCGGCUUGCAGCGCCGUUGCCGUCCAGCGUCGCGACGGUCAACAGUUUGGGCACCAUAGUCGCCGCUCGCCUUCCUGCGCCUGCCACCGCAGCCCCGAGCAGCACCCCAGCCACCGCCGCGAGAACGACGGUCACCAUCCACACUGGCGGUGGAUUAGAGUUGAACACGACAGCCUCGGCGCUGCAGCCCGGCUCGCCGUUGGGGGAUGCGACAACCAACAGCCGCGCGCCGCAAGGCAUUCGAGGGACGCCCGUACCGGGCAGCAUAGCCGCCACCGCGGCUACGAACAGCAAUACAGACUCUGCGAACGCUAAUUCGGCCACCACGGCGACCGCCACACCGGCGGUGGCACAACCCAUGGGCAUCCCAUCCACUGCUCCCACGGCAGCGCCGGCGGCGAGCCAAGGCGCAGCUGCGGUCCCGCCUUCUUCUUCCCUCCCUCUGACGCCUAUUGUCCUAGACCCCGAAGACCCCGAUGCCUCGAUUGGCGCCAUCGUGUUCUUUUACAAAGGGGACAAGGAGGUGUGUCGUGCGCGGUGGCCGGCGCCUGUGCCACCGCUGCAGUUCGCGGUGAGCAUGCAGGGUGCAUCGGCAGUGUCGAUCGUGAGGGCCAGCUCCGUUAGUCCAGACGCAGUGAACAUGGAAAGCGAAAAAUGA